AUGAGCAUUUGGCAAUAUAUUGAAUACUACCUGUCCAAGCUGCUCUACAGCCUCAGGGCCCAUGAUGCAGGACUCUUCAUCAAGUCGCCUGCGUUCGCCGCUCUUCCGGAGCCCAACAUUACGCUCGAAUGCCCGCAGUGCGGCCCUUCAGGUUCGCAGAUGCUCGUCGACCUCACCCAAGAUGGCAAAGACGAGUUCCCACACCUCACAUGGACAAAGCCCCCUCAACUGGACGUCAAAGAAUACAUCCUCCUUUGUGAAGAUGUAGAUGCACCGCUUCCGUUCCCCAUCGCCCAUUGCGUCUUCUACGCUAUCCCAGCAGAGACUACCCAGGUCACACAUAAAGACACCCAGCCUGUUGAUGGGAGCGUACAAGGAGGCUUGAAGGCUGGCUUUCGUUGGGUACCUAAUAUCAGGAAGAGGCAUUACCUGGGCCCAAGACCGCUUGUUGGUCACGGUCCGCAUCGGUAUAUCUACCAGCUUGUUGCGUUGAGCGAGCCUCUCGACCUCCAGAGCUUGGGAUCGCAGGUCACCAAAACGAAGAUCGCAGAGGCUAUCAAAGGCAAGGUUGUCGGCUGGGGUUCCUGGGUUGGCGUCUACGAAAGAACGUGGCAGUCCUAA